GGGUCCGCGGGCGGCGCGAGACGAAGGUCGGAGCCGGCAGGGUCGCGCAGCGCCAUGGCCCCCAUUGGCCUCAAAGCCGUGGUCGGAGAGAAGAUUAUGCAUGAUGUUAUCAAGAAGGUCAAGAAGAAGGGGGAGUGGAAGGUGCUGGUAGUGGAUCAGCUGAGCAUGCGGAUGCUGUCCUCCUGCUGCAAGAUGACGGAUAUCAUGACGGAGGGCAUAACCAUUGUGGAAGACAUCAACAAACGCAGAGAGCCACUCCCGAGCCUGGAGGCCGUGUACCUCAUCACUCCAUCCGAGAAGUCCGUCCACUCUCUCAUCAGUGACUUUAAGGACCCACCGACUGCUAAGUACCGGGCCGCACACGUGUUCUUCACCGACUCCUGUCCAGAUGCCCUUUUUAAUGAGCUGGUGAAGUCCCGAGCAGCCAAAGUCAUCAAAACUCUGACGGAAAUCAACAUUGCAUUUCUCCCGUACGAGUCCCAGGUGUAUUCCUUGGACUCUGCGGACUCUUUCCAGAGCUUCUACAGUCCCCACAAGGCUCAGAUGAAAAAUCCCAUCCUGGAGCGCCUGGCCGAGCAGAUCGCCACUCUGUGUGCCACCCUGAAGGAGUACCCAGCCGUGCGGUAUCGGGGGGAGUACAAGGACAAUGCCUUGCUGGCUCAGCUAAUCCAGGACAAGCUGGAUGCCUACAAAGCAGAUGACCCAACCAUGGGGGAGGGUCCAGACAAGGCGCGCUCUCAGCUCCUGAUCCUGGACCGCGGCUUUGAUCCCAGCUCCCCCGUGCUCCAUGAACUCACUUUCCAGGCAAUGAGUUAUGAUCUGCUGCCUAUUGAGAAUGAUGUAUACAAGUAUGAGACGAGUGGCAUCGGAGAGGCGCGGGUGAAGGAGGUGCUGCUGGAUGAGGAUGACGACCUGUGGAUUGCACUGCGCCACAAGCACAUCGCCGAAGUGUCCCAGGAAGUGACCCGGUCUCUGAAAGAUUUUUCUUCUAGCAAGAGAAUGAACACUGGUGAGAAGACCACCAUGCGGGACCUGUCACAGAUGCUGAAGAAGAUGCCCCAGUACCAGAAGGAACUGAGCAAGUAUUCGACCCACCUGCACCUGGCCGAGGACUGCAUGAAGCAUUACCAAGGCACCGUGGACAAGCUCUGCCGAGUGGAGCAGGACCUGGCGAUGGGGACAGAUGCCGAGGGAGAAAAGAUUAAGGACCCCAUGAGAGCCAUCGUGCCCAUCCUGCUGGAUGCCAACGUCAGCACCUAUGACAAAAUCCGUAUCAUCCUCCUCUACAUCUUCCUGAAGAAUGGCAUCACAGAGGAGAACCUGAACAAGCUGAUCCAGCAUGCCCAGAUCCCCCCAGAGGACAGCGAGAUCAUCACCAACAUGGCGCACCUGGGCGUGCCCAUUGUCACCGACUCGACGCUGCGUCGCAGGAGCAAGCCAGAGCGGAAGGAGCGCAUCAGUGAGCAGACCUACCAGCUCUCGCGAUGGACCCCGAUUAUUAAAGACAUCAUGGAGGACACCAUCGAGGACAAACUUGAUACCAAGCACUACCCUUACAUCUCCACUCGCUCCUCGGCCUCCUUCAGCACCACUGCUGUCAGUGCCCGCUAUGGACACUGGCACAAGAACAAGGCCCCAGGGGAGUACCGCAGUGGCCCCCGCCUCAUUAUUUUCAUCCUUGGGGGUGUGAGCCUGAAUGAGAUGCGCUGUGCUUACGAGGUGACUCAAGCCAAUGGGAAGUGGGAGGUGCUGAUAGGAUCCACGCACAUCCUCACCCCACAGAAGCUGCUGGACACCCUGAAGAAGCUGAACAAAACAGAUGAAGAAAUUAGCAGUUAAAAAAAAAAAUACCCAGCCACCCCUCACAACAAGACCCCCUCCCACAAUGCCCUGCGUCCCCCCUGCGGCGCCAACCGCAUCGGUUACUUUGCUGAACCCCACGCCCGUCCGUUGCCUCCUCGCUUUCUGCACGCCCUGGCCGGCCCCGUGGCCGCUGCGUUCUUGUGUUUAAUGACGCCCUCUCCUUGUUUGAGACAAAAGAAAUUAUGCAUUGUGGUUUUU